AUGGCCGACAAGCUGCGCACCCUCCAGAACCUCGAGGCUCUCCAGGCCCGUUACAUCGGUACCGGCCACGCCGACACCACCAAGUACGAGUGGACCUCCAACAUCCUCCGCGACAGCUAUUCUUCCUACGUCGGCCACAACCCGCUGCUCUCGUACAUGUCUGUUGGUAUGGGUGAACCGAAGGAGAAGGUUCGGAUAAUGAUGCUUGAGAAAAUGGUUCGGGGAGCUGGAAACCCUCCAGAGACUCAGGAGUAA